CGCGAACCGCCUCUUGGAGAGACAGCGCAGCAAACCCGCAAAAAGGACGUGCGUGUGUGUUCGUGUGUCAAGGUUGGAGAAAGCUUUUCCUGCACUGCAAUUGCGUAGGAUUCUGUCCGUCUCCGCAACUUUGCCCAACGCGUCCCGCCCGGAAAUGCCAGCAUCACCCAGGGUGGUGACCCACCAAAAAAUCCGGAGAAUAUGCGUGUCCGCACAGACUCAGUUGCGACAUUCACGCACCCUGUUAGCUUAUGGGGCGGAAGUCAGAGAUGACAUCGGGUGUUGCGAAAAGCAGUGCGCAUCGGGGCCGCUUGUUUAAUGGUUGGUGAAGGUAUUCUUCUUCUGGGUUUUCCAUUUUUUCCUUUCCAUUGUCUCGUGUUUGAACGCACCGGUUUCACGGUCGCCUCUCCUCGGUCAAGUGAACCUCCAAGCAACUCUGUUGCCUUCGUGAAGAAUCGAGACACGUGCGUGGCGCGUCUCGCAGCUCCCACAGACUCGCCGCUUUCCGGGUUUCUCUGUACGCUAAAAAGCACAAAAUGCCGGUCCAUCACGUCACCACCGAGGCUCAAUUCAAGAGCUUGAUCGAGGAGAAUGAGAUGGUUCUCGUCGACUUCUACGCGGUCUGGUGCGGCCCCUGCCGCCAGGUCGCACCCUUGGUGGAAGCCAUGAGCGAGAAGCCCGAGUACGCGAAAGUAAAAUUCGUGAAGAUCGACGUCGACGAGUUGGCGGACGUCGCUGAGAGAGAAGAAAUCAAUGCGAUGCCCACCUUCAAGCUCUUUAAGCAAGGCAAGGCCGUCGACACUGUGCUCGGCGCAAACGCAGAGCGCGUCGAAGAGAUGGUCAAGAAGCAUCUGUGAGCACGGAUGUGAGACAAACAGUCUCGGGGAUUUGUAGAGAGGCAAGAGCCAGGACUCGCUGCGUGAGUGGACAGCCGUGGCAUUGAAAGAGAUCGAACCUGGUGACGGUAGAGUCCGGAAAGCUAAAGAGGAGUUUUCCCAAAACGUACAAUACUUGACGGAGUGUGCCUGCUGAAUCGGCGACGGCCUGUAAAGGCGGCUGUAGAGCAUCAAAGGAGAGAAAAGUACUGAGAGCCAGCUCCAUGUUUUCGUAGUUGUCGAUGUGGGCGGGGACCUGAAUUCUAGAAAGUGCGUGUGAGGGAAUGUCUGCCGUGUGUGGCGUACUUGGGGCCUGUCGGGAAGAGGGGCAGAGUAUGUUCACAGUUCGUCAGCAUUUGAUUUCCGUUGAAGCGAGGCUAUGAGGCUGUCGUUUUUUUGAAAUCAUCUAACCCCACCUUUCAAACGUGUGUAGGCACUCUGUCGUCUCAGUAAACUUAUUAACUUAGCGAGAGUUCGCUUUUUGUCUGAACUGUGAGGCGGUUGGGCCUUCGUCCGCGGGGAAACUUUAGAUGCAGCAAGUCGCGUGAGUCAAUUCACUCACACACGGGGGA